GGUGGAUAGAGAGAGAACAGAGUGAGAAAGACUAACAGGAGACCUGGAGCUCCUCCUGGUAUUGCUACUGUUGCUCAACUCUCUGUGCUUCCCAGGAUUGAUCAUCAGGCUCUGCCAAUAAACUGCCUCACUCAGAGGAUCUGUGAACACACUGAGGUGACUUAAUAGAAAAAUAUUUGCCACUGUCACAUCCCUCAAUCACUUGCAUCCCAAAUCCCUCAGUCCCACCCUCAUCACUAACUUCUAACCUCAUUUGUUGCCAUUAUUUUCCACAGAGGCAAUUGCCUUCCCCGCACCGUGCCCAAAUGUCAUUAACUCCAACACUUUUGCUGCUAGCUAUGCUAUCUCAGCAGCAGCAACGCUGGAAUUUACAACUCAAACCUGCCAGAAGAGUGUGCACUGCACAGUGUAAUCUUCGGUUGAUCCUGUCCCUGAGGCUUUUAUCCUCUAAGCACUGUUAUUGUUUGAGGGAUACAAAAGCUAGGACCAUCUGAAGCCCGCGGUCCCCUUCCAGCUGUUGACAGGAUGUCUUUUAUUCCUGGUGUGAGUCCCGAUGCGGGAGGAGUUAUAAGCCAGGGAGAAAGGAGGACUUGCAAAUCAAAUUGCUUUAAUCCAUUGAAGCAUCUGUCCUCGUUCUCCAGAGAUGGGUGUGUAGUCAAGGAGGCUCUGAGUCUUGAUCACGACUGGAAAGGAAAACAAAACCUGUCGCUGAGGAAUCAUAUGAUACGCCUGGGUCAGCCAGCUGUGCAGUAUGCGUAGGCGUGAAGGAUGUAGAGCCAGAGGGGGGGGCAGGAUGGAGUGCUCCUGGAAGACGGUGCUGCUGCUGGUGUGUGCGUCUCUUGGGGUCCAGUACACGGCCAUCCGCACCCUGAGGGACUCGCUGUCUGGGCCCUGUCAGGGAACCUACCGCUGCCAGACCAGACACCACAGAGACUCCAGGUGGAGAGCCUUGUGCGAUGAUAGCUGGAUGCCCGUUGAUUCACCUCGGAAGCACAUCCUGCUGUUUGCCACCACGCGUAGCGGCUCCUCCUUCACCGGGCAGCUCCUUAACCAGCACCCAGGGAUCUUCUAUGUGUUUGAACCUCUCUACCACGUUCAGCAGGCCUUCACCAACUCCAGCAGCAGGCUGCGUCGCACCCUGGACCGCCGAUCCCUCCUGGGAGCAUACAGGGACCUCCUCCUCAAUCUGUACACCUGCGACCUUCACUUCAUGAAGAAUUACAUCCGUCCGGAGCCCCAGGACCACGUCACAAGCUCCUUCUUCCGCCGAAGCUCCAGCCACGCCCUCUGCUCCCCUCCAGUGUGCUUGAAAGCAGGGGAUGUAGUGGUCUCAGAUUCACCUGAUGAAACUUGGUGUCCUAAGAAGUGUGGUGCUCUGAAUCUCACCUUAGCCUCUAUGUCAUGCCUGUCAAGGGAACACGUAGCCAUAAAGACUGUGCGGGUCCCUGAGGUGGGGGACCUGCGCACCCUGACAGAAGAUCCACGUCUGGACUUGAAGAUCAUCCACCUGGUGAGAGACCCCAGAGCUAUCCUCGCCUCACGCAUGAUGGCGUUUUCCGAUCAAUUCCGCGCUUGGAAAAUAUGGAACGCGACGGGACGGCAGCCUCGAUACGUGGACCUCACUCAGAUCACCAGCACCUGCAAGGACAUGGCGGCCUCUGCAGCAACAGGCCUGCAAACACCGACAUGGCUGCGGGGACGCUACCUGCUGGUGCGAUAUGAGGACCUGGCGUUUAACCCAAAGGAAAAGGCCGCUGAGAUCUACAGGUUUGUGGGGCUGGAGAUGGAGGACAGGGUGCGGAUGUGGAUUGCAAAGAACACCAACAGUAAUGUGUCGUCUCCAUCAGAGUGGAACUACAGGUACUCCACCAGCAGAGACUCACGAGCGACAGCAGAGAGCUGGAGGCUUCGACUGGGCUUUGACAUUGUGAGGACUUUGCAGAAUCUGUGCAACGACACUUUGACUCUGCUGGGAUACAAGCAGGUUCACUCUGCAGCCGAACUCAGAAACUUGUCUCACAGUUUAGUGGAACACAGGACCUUUCAACCAGUCACAUGGUAGAUUUUAAUUUACUGUUAUUUAUUUACUUAUUUACUAAUUUAUUUAUUUAUUCCAGCUGACUCUCCUCUCUGUCUCGAUGCUGAUGAAAUGAAUGUAAUUUAUCUUAUUUUUCAAUAAUGCCUAAAAUAAUUUAAUAUCACUUUUUAUGGUUAUGUUAAAGAUAAUAAAAGUGCCAAAUGUCAAGCGUGUGUGAUGCUGGAAAAGGUCUUCAUCCAGAAUAAAGUCUAUACUGCUGUGUUGAUUGAAACCUUUAUUCACGAUAACAUUUUCUAUAGGAAAUAGGAAUACUUUACUUUACUCACAAAAUGAACAUUUUAUAUCAAUAUUCACCCCGUGCUAUUUUGGAUUCGUACAGAAAGCUUUGUUUUUCUCGCAUGCCUCCAGUGGAGGCCCUCCAUGGUGAACGAAGAAUUAAAAAAUGGAGAAAAGUCUUUAUGAAUUGAAGUAAGAGACCAGGUACCAUUUCAGAGUAAAGUAAGUGAUGUUCCCGAAGGUGAGACAGAAGAUGGGGAUUUAUUUGUAAAAAAAAAAAAAAGAAAAAGAAAUUGUAGGGCUUGCUUUCUCUAAUGCAUUUUGAAAACGGAUUAAAAUGUCUGGUAGA